AUGGCACAUUCCCACCCCAGCACCCGGGGAAAACCUUCAUCUCGCUUCUUUGGGAUUUACUCCUGGUUCAUUUCUUUCUGUUUUCCCACCGCCCCCCCACCCCACAAUCCCUCAAAAAAGAGAAAUCACCGGGAGAAGGUUGGAGAUUGCGAGUUUGGUCCUAGCGAGUAUAUUCCCGCCCUCCUUCACCGUGCUUCCUCAGGUCCCGAGUCUCUGACCAGGGGCUUCAGCAGAAGAGAACCCGACUGUCGAAAGAUGCUGGACGGCAUAAAAAUGGAGGAGCACCCGUUACGUUCAGGUCCUGCUACCCUGGGAAUGCUACUGGGUUCUGACUGUAAACGUAAAGAAGUAUGUGACGGUUGUCAAAGACCUAUCGAAGAUCGCUUCCUGAUGAGAGUGAAUGAAGCUUCCUGGCACGAACAUUGUUUGCAGUGUACCGUAUGUCAACAGCCUCUCACCAGGAGCUGUUAUUUCCGAGACAGGAAACUUUACUGCAAACACGACUACGAACAAUUGUUUGCCACGAAAUGCAAUGGUUGCAUGGAGAAGAUAGCACCGACAGAAUUUGUGAUGCGAGCUUUAGAAUGCGUUUACCAUCUGAGCUGUUUUUGUUGCUGUGUUUGCGAAAGACAACUGAGGAAAGGUGACGAGUAUGUUUUGAAAGAGGGGCAGCUGCUUUGCAAAAGUGACUAUGAGAAAGAAAAAGAACUGCUGAGCUCUGUUAGCCCUGAUGAUUCUGACUCAGUGAAAAGUGACGAUGAAGAUCUUGACAUUAAGCCAAAUAAAGUUCAGGGAAUUCAGGGAAAGGCUUGCGAAGACUCCAAGGAUCAGAGACGACCUAAGCGUCCCAGGACAAUUCUUACAACACAGCAAAGGAGAGCAUUUAAAGCAUCAUUUGAAGUUUCUUCCAAACCAUGCAGAAAGGUCAGAGAGACGCUCGCAGCAGAAACGGGGCUGAGUGUCAGAGUAGUUCAAGUAUGGUUCCAAAAUCAAAGAGCCAAGAUGAAAAAGUUGGCUCGAAGACAACAGCAGCAGCAAGAACAACAGAAUGGUCAACGGCUUGGACAAGAAGUUAUGUCAAGUAGAAUGGAUGGGAUGAUAAAUUCGUACGCACCAGUUGCACCUCCACAGCAACAACUUGUGACCAUGGACCAAAAUGGUUACAACUCAGAUCCAUUUCAACAAGGACUCACUCCACCUCAAAUGCCAGGGGACCAUAUGAAUCCAUAUGGAAAUGACUCCCUCUUCCAAGAUAUCGACAGUGACACCUCCCUCACCAGCUUGAGCGACUGUUUUCUCGCCUCGUCAGAAGUUAACCCCAUGCAAGCUAGAGUGGGUAACCCUAUCGACAGGCUCUACUCCAUGCAGAACUCAUAUUUUGCUUCGUGAAAGCAGCAGGACUUGAGAAGAAAUCUGAUAUAUUACGGUGACUUUAAAUCGGGGGCAGUGGUGCAGGGAAGAAUGGAAAAACGAAAGAAAGAAAACUGUACAGCCAUAUAAUACCUUAUUCUUGCCUCAUAAUGAACUUAUCCACUAUUUCCCAGGUGGCAGAGAAACUGACAGCAAGAAGAUAAUGAAAGUGACACACAAAAAGACAAAUUCAAUAGAAUUCAAAUCAGCACGACAAUGGAAGCAUGGGACAUAAAGACUGCAGCUGCAUUCCAUUGUUUCAAUGUUUUUAUACAAAUACUCCAGAACUUAUUGUUCUUAAGCAUAUACAUCAAAAUUUGGGGAUGUCAUGUCAGCCUCUUCCCUGCUUUUCUCUGUUUAUUACUUUUUUUUGGUAACAACUGGAUCUCAAUGAGUUUAAAAAUAUUUUACAUGACCAAUUCUCCAUGUGCUUUGUGUAAAAGAGAUUAGAAAAUGUUAUGCAAUAGUUUCACCUUAGUCAGAUACAUAUGCAUAAAAUAGCAAGUCGGCUAAUUUGUUCUGAGCUCCCUUGAGUUUUGCAUGAAUCAUCUCUCUUGCAGGGUAACAGCCAACACUUUAUUAAGCUGUAAACUGUUAGUGCUUAAAUAUCGACUGCCAUUUCCUUUCACAGUAUUUGCUGCUUAUGGCUGGAACAAGGUUUCCCCAUACAAGCAUAGUCUACAAUGUGGAACAGUGCGUGACUCACACUGUUGUCAGCACAAUCACGUGAGUGCCAAGAAAUGGAAAAAUUGUUUGCGAAGGUGGUUGUCGAUAAUUUGCCAAAAUUGAAAACCAGAAUUAGUUUUUACCUGCUAUUUCAAAAUAUUUUAGAGAUUAAGAAGUGUUGCUUCAUGCAGUUUAGCAUGUCAAACCCAUUUUCACUAUUACAUGAUGUGUAGCAAUGUAGGUCCAAAUAUGAAGCCUAUAUGCAGCCAUACCAUAUAUUAAAUUAAAGUCUUGGUAGUGGAGGUGACUACAAUGCCAAGGUUUAGGUUUUCCAGUGGAGAUGACAAAGCCUGACAAAAUCAAAAUGUACAAUGAGUGAAGUUACUCUGUGGUAAAAGUUACAUCCUAAUACAAUAACUUACGGCAUGAACAAAAUUGCUGAAUAUUUGGCAAGAUGAAUAUGUUGAUAAAUGGGGAGAUAUUAUGCAAGAUCGAGACAAGUAAUUGACAAAUUGUAUAAAAGCAGAGACAUGAAACCCCUCUCCCUCACUGCUCCAUAUCCAUCAUAGUCAGCAAAUAAUUGGCAUUAUAGAGGUAGUGUGAGAAAUCAGUCUACAUUUACUUCAGCAGUGUUACUAUUUUAUAUUACUGUGUAUCACAGUAUCUCUGUGAUAAAUGCUUAGAGAUUACAAACGAAAGGUAAUUGUUGAAAGCUAACCUCAUCUUUUUAAUUCAAAAUAUACAAGCAAAAUUUGAUCUAUAUCUCAACUGUGAGCCACUUGUUCUCUAAUGUUAAUUCGACAACAUAAGCACCCCAGAAACAAAAACAUAUUCCACGGGUAGAAGUCGGAUCUAUGAGAGUAGAAAUACAAGUAGUAUUACAAUCAUUUGUUUCAUAAUUCAUCCCACGUAAUGGUAAUUUCUGUGCUUUGACCUGAGAGUUCCAGUAAAAGAUUAAGCCUGAAAGCAGCCUUUGACCUUUCUGAUUUUGUUUGCCUCAUUUUGGGACUGCCAUGGGACAGUAUGAUUGCUCAAGUGAGGAUAAUGUGCUUUAACUGAAGCAAUAUUUUAAAGCGAAAAGUAAAUUGACAAACUCCUGUCAGGCACUCUUAGCAUUUGAUGUGUUCGCUCAGACAGCAUGCCAUUGAUUAUACAGUUGGGACUUGGAAGGUUGUGGGUCAAGGCAACUGCAGUUUAUUAGUCUUCCCAUACAAUGAUUGCUCGCUAUAGGUACCUGGGGAGGAAAUCAGCCUCUUUACUGUAUGCAUGCAUCAAAUUAUAUAGUAAUUCCAUUGUCAUUCAACGUGAAUUUUCUGUUGAGGAAAGUGGAAGGAACAGUUUACAGAAUGAUGAUUGAUUACACCAAUAUGCUGAGAGGUCCGUUAGUGCUGCAGUGACUAUGUUCAUGUGAACUUAACCACUAAUAAUUUGGGUUGCCACCCCUUGUAAUUCUAUUGAAUACGGUAAGCCGGUUUAAAAAGCAUGUUUGUUUAAAGAAUAUGCCUUUAAAUCUGCAAUGUUUUACUUUGGAUUAUAUCCUUAAAACUGAAACUGUGUUUGAUAUGAAGCAGUUUUAAAAAUCUUGUUGACCAGUUGUAAAGAAUAAUAGAGACAAAAGCAUAAACUAUCAACACCUCAACUGCCAAAUGUUUUUUUUUCCUGUUAACUCCCUCAUUUGUAUAUAUUUGUAUUUUAGUGCCACACAACUUUUGGAGAUUAUAAAAUUGUCUACUAUUUACAGUUACAUGAGAUAGUGAAAAAUGCCCUGGAAUACAGUAAGAGUCAAAACUAAUAUCAACAAAAUCCUGAGGUGCUUAAAUCCAUUCAAAGGAAGCAUGAAUGAAAAUGAUUACCAAGUUCACUGAAGAACAUUUUCUUUGCUCUUUGUUAAUUGGUAUAUAAAACUGGAUGGAGUGUUGGAUAUUACUGUCACCCACAUUCCCAUGGCUGAACUUUGAAGUGAAACCAUACCAGGAGGGUUAUCAUCCGAAAGGUUCUGCUUCUUUAAAAAAAAAAUCACAAAAAUGGGAAUAAUAUAAAUUCUGUAUAAAGUUAUGUACAGUGAAUUUUCUUACAUUUUGGUGUGCCCCGUAGCUUAGAACAAAAGACAAGCAAACCUCUGUCUCCUUUAUUGAAGGUUGUCCAUGAUUUCAGUAAGGCUGUAUGUAUUGUAAAUUUAUAUAUUCUGUAUUUAUGUUAGAUUGAGUGUAGAAUUUUUAUAGUUGUGUCUGCUAUACUUGUCACCACCUUGUAAACAAACCCAUGCUAUAAUAUGUAGCAUCUAUGACUUUUCUUUUGCAACAUUAUUUAGUGACAGCUCUGGUUUCUUGAUCCCUCUCUUCCCUUCCCCACCUCUGUCAGGCAUGAAACUUUGCAUUUGUGUGUAGAACAUAUUUUAUUAUUUAAAAUUACUUGUUAUUUUUAAAUUAUUUAUUAGUGUUUCUCGAGUUCAUUUUGUGGCAUUGUUAAAUAAAAGGAGUUUUUGUACAACCUCUUGCUUUACAAUAACCACCUCACACUGUUUUGGCAUAUGUAACACUGCAUUCUCCAGUAGUUUCCCUGUAUUUGUUAUUUCCUGGUAAUUUUAUAGUUGCUCUCACUUACCAAUUAGCGAAGCAAAGGGAUUGAAAUGUAUUUAUAUGACAAUUAAAAUUAGUUUCAUCA